UAAUUAUACAGUUUGGUCCCAGACUUAUAACUUCGGCUCCUCGACUCCGUCGCUGUUAAUUGAAGAGUAAGAAAAAGUCCUUUCCACGUUUUCUUCACCAAUCCCCCCUCGCACCUUCUCCUCGCGUCGAAAUCUGAAGCUCCACUUCAGUCGUGCUCACUAAGCAAUCACAAUUUCUGCAACCUCAGUCAUCGACAUUGGAGUUUGUGUCUGAAAAUGAAUCCAAAAGGUUUGAUUUAUAGCUUUGUUGCGAGAGGAACUGUUGUUCUAGCUGAGCAUACACCUUAUUCAGGGAACUUCAGUACCAUUGCUGUCCAGUGCUUGCAGAAGCUUCCUUCAAAUAGUAGCAAGUAUACAUACUCAUGCGAUGGUCACACCUUCAACUUCCUCAUUGAUAGUGGAUUUGUCUUCCUAGUUGUUGCUGAUGAAUCAACUGGAAGAAGUGUACCUUUUGUCUUUCUUGAAAGGGUUAAGGAUGAUUUCAAGAAACGUUAUGGUUCAAGUAUUAAAAAUGAUGGUGAUCCGCACCCUCUUGCUGAUGAUGAAGAAGAAGAUGAUGAUCUAUUCGGGGAUCGUUUUAGCAUCGCGUACAAUCUUGAUAGAGAAUUCGGGCCAAAACUUAAAGAGCACAUGGAGUACUGUAUGAACCAUCCUGAUGAAAUGAGCAAGCUCUCUAAGUUGAAGGCUCAAAUCACAGAGGUCAAAGGAAUAAUGAUGGACAAUAUUGAGAAGGUUUUGGAUCGGGGUGAGAAGAUUGAACUGCUAGUGGAUAAAACUGAGAACCUUCAGUUCCAGGCUGACAGCUUUCAGAGGCAAGGUAGGCAGCUUCGUCGCAAGAUGUGGUUUCAGAACCUUCAAAUGAAGCUCAUGGUUGGAGGUGCUAUUUUAGUUUUCAUUAUCAUUGUUUGGCUUUUUGCUUGUGGAGGUUUUAAAUGCUAA